CAAAAACACACUACAGGCCUGGCAAAGUGGCUCACACCUCUAAUCCCAGCACUUUGGAGGCCGAGAGAGGUGGAUCAGCUGAGGUCAGGAGUUCGAGACCAGCCUGGCCAAGAUAGCAAAACCCCGUCUCUACUAAAAAUACAAAAAUUUGUGUGUAAUCCCAGCUACUUUGGAGGCUGAGGCAGGAGACUCGCUUGAACCCAGGAGGCAGAGAUUGCAGUGACCCAAGAUAGCUCCACUGCACUCCAGCCUGGGCAACAGAGCAUAACUCUGUCUCAAAAAACAGACAAAAAACACCACAAAGCUGUGUGUGCUUGUAGUAAAAAUAGCUCUCAAUUAUUUAAACACUUCCAACUAUUCCUAUGGUGAAGAAAUACCCAUUUUACCAAUUAAUACUUUCAAUUCAAAGACUAAUUUCCAGAGGUUAUACAUUUAUAAGUGAUGCAAUAAGUAGGUAGCAUAGCGGUAAUGAUAGUUUGAAAAAGGAACUGAUCCAGAGUUGAGGCAAAACUGGCAGAAUCUGCAACUACAUUAAGGAAUCCAGUGUUUAAAUCCAUUCUUGAAACUAUUCCCUGCCAGUUAAGGAAGUCGAUGCUCUUCGAUUGUUUUUUAAUUUUAGAUUCAGGGGGUGCAUGUACUUGUUUGUUACAUAGGUAUAUUGUGUGAUGGUGGGGAUUGGGCUUCUAAUGUAUCCAUCAUCCAAAUAUUGAACAUUGUACACAAUAGAUAAUUUUUCAGGCCUCACCUCCCCUCCCACCCUCUCCCCUUUUGGAGUCCACAGUGCCUGUUCUUCCCAUUCUUAUGUGCACGUAUAUCUAUUAUUUAGCUCCCACUUACAAGUGAGAACAUGCAAUAUUUUAUUUUCUGUUUCUGAGUUUGCACACUUAGAAUAAUGGCCUCCAGCUCCAUCCAUGUUGCUGCAAAGGACAUGAUUUCAUUCUUUUUUACAGCAGAGAGGUCGAUGCAUUUUUGACGUGUGUAUAGUGUGAUAUGGAUGGAUCAAAAGCAAGUCCUGGGUAGGGAGAUAUUGAGGAGCACUCAUCGUGACACCAUGACCAUGAGAAACUCACCUCUGUAGUAACAAAUCGAGAAUGAGUUUAAGUUCUGCAUUUACCAGCAAAGAAAGUACAUUACAUUGAACUCAGUGGUGGCCACUGCGCAGACCAGACUUCGCUCGUUUGUGCGCCUCGCUCCGCUUUUCCUCUGCCACCAUGUCUGACAAACCGGAUAUGGCUGAGAUCGAGAAAUUCGGUAAGUCGAAACUGAAGAAGACAGAAAUGCAAGAGAAAAAUCCAUUGCCUUCCAAAGAAACAAACAGGAGAAGCAAGCAGGCGAAUCGUAAUGAGUCGUGCGCUGCCAAUAUGCACUGUACAUUGCACAAGCAUUGCCUUCUUAUUUUACUUCUUUUAGCUGUUUAACUUUGUAAGAUGCAAAGCGGUUGGAUCAAGUUUAAAUGACUAUGCUGUCCCUUUCACAUCAAAGAACUACUGACAACGAAGGCCGCGCCUGCCUCUCCCAUCUGUCUAUCUGGCUGGCAGGGAAGGAAAGAACUUGCAUGUUGGUGAAGGAAGAAGUGGGGUGGAGGAAGUCGGGUCGGACGAAUGUGAAAUCUAGAGUAAAACCAAGCUGGCCCAAGGUAUCCUGCAGGUUGUAAUGCAGUUUAAUCAGAGUGCCAUUUUUUUUUGUUCAAAUGAUUUUAAUUAUUGGAAUGCACAAUUUUUUAAUUAU